CGGGACCUGAUCAAUUCCCUGGUCAAAUCUAUGAAGAGGCCAGCGGAUGAGAAGUGUUUCACCUGCCUCUGUAAGGAUGGAGUUCUACGAAUCCUCUACUUCCUACCCGCAUCACUCGACGAGCCUACUCCAAUCGUAGUGUACGACGCCAAGCCUCUAUCACUAGGACUGCUUAAGGCAUACCUUGACUAUAGGAUGGAGUGGAGCCAAGAGGUAGAAGACCGCUUUCGAGGAGUCGACGGAACAUCUGUUCCACAAGGGCAUUGGCUGCAUACCCCACCGGGCGUAAUUGAAUCCCGGGGUAGUAAGAACGAGCGCACUGAAGAAAUCCAUAGGUACAAUGACAAAGUACGACAAGGCGAAGGAAGUAGUAACGCAGCGAGGCCAGCUUGUGGAGGCAUGCCCAACAAUUUUGAUAUUGGUCCGCGUUGA